UCGAUUUAGUUCCAUCUCUUAAAGUCGCGAUUUUUGUUGUAAAAAGUGUUUUGUUCAAUUUGCUUGCAUAAAACUGCAGGUUCCAAGUGAAUAAUCAAUUGUUGCGGUAUUAAAAUGCCAGAUAACUAGUGAGCAGUGGUCCCCUUUGCAAGUCCAGGGCAAGCUGAUGCGAAAACAACGCGAACGGCGAAAACAAACUAAUGACGUCGCGAAUGUGAAAAAGCAAAGAGCACAAAGCAGAAGGAGAAAAGUAGGGGCCAUACACCCGUAUUGAAUAGUAUCGUACUGUGUCAGCAUAAUCAGUAUUAGCAGCAGAUUGAACACAAGUCAAACGUACAUCCCCCACUGACCGAAACAUGUGCUAGACCCUCUCGAAAUGGGAUCGCGUAUCAAAGACGAUGUAAAGAAGCUCUUCGAGUUCUGGUGCGAGGUCUCGCCAACGCCGGGUUUGGAGAGGGGCACGAGUCCCAGGAGCGGUGGACCCGCCACGCCAGCUGGCGUCAUCGUGGAGAGCUUUCCCGAUGGUUUCCGCGACCAGGAGGUGCUUACCGGCAUCCCGUCGUUUGCCUUUCCCUGCGAUCCAACAAGUACCUCCGUGCAAACGUAUUCCUUUGUGCAUACCACCGGCGACUCGAAAUGGCGCUUCGGCUUUUGUCGGCAGGAUCCCAAGACAAAUACGGCCAUGGUGCUGAUCACCUACUUGCCGUGGCACGACACCUUCCUCAAACUGCUGCCCAUUCUUGCGGAGCUGAAGCGAACGGAUGCCAAUGGGUUCCGUGUUUUCCUGUCCGAGGCGUACAACCAGGGAAUUCCCGAUUGCGGAGGCAACUUGAAGGUUUACUACAACGCUGGACAGAGUCAAUUUAUCUUUGAGCGUCCACUACAAUUCCAGUUGCCCAGCAUGCCAGAAAACCACAACUUAAACUUGUACUACAACUUUGUGGAGCCCAAGGAGAUGAUUGCCGUAUUUGCCGCAAUGCUAGCGGAGCGUCGAAUUAUCUUUACCUCGCGGCACUUGGACAGGCUAUCCUCUUGCAUUCAGGCGGCGAACGCAUUCCUAUAUCCCAUGGUCUGGCAGCACAUCUUUAUACCGGUGCUGCCUUGGGAGUUCAAAGACUAUUUGGGGGCGCCCAUGCCAUAUUUGAUUGGUGUGCCAGAACCAGUGCUCGAAACUGUGACCAGCGAUGAGCUGGGUGAAGUUGUGAUCUUGAACUGUGAUACGAAAAUAUUCGAAAGCCCCUUCGACGAUGUGCACAAUCUGCCGACGGAGAUUGUCUCACAGCUGAAGAAGCAGCUGAAUCACACGCAUGACCACAUCGGCGACCGGAUCUCGAAGAUCUUCCUAAACGCACUGGUGCAGCUAAUUGGUGGCUAUCGGGACGCGGUCGAGUACCACGAGACCAGUAAGACCUUCAACUCGCAAAAAUUCAUCGAAUCUCGACCGACACACCUGCGUCCGUUCCUUGCCAAAAUGAUGGAUCUGCAAAUCUUUGCGCAGUUCAUCGACGAUCGCCUAAAGAUGCUCAACAGCGGACUCGGCUUCUCCGACGAGUUCGAACUCGAGACUGUGCGCUAUGCGGAAAAGAAAAAGCGUGGUCGCAACUACACCAUCAUGAAGAACCUGAAGGACAAGACUAAUCCGGCUGUAAAGUCUGCCGUCAAAUCGGUGAAGGAGGGCUCGCGGGGCAUGAAAACCGCCUACAAGGGAUUCAAGACAAAGCUGCGCGAGAACGGCAACCAGUUCGGCGGCACGCACUUCCACUUCGGACUAGGAUCGCCGAACCAUUCGGAUCGCCCGGACGGCGCUAGCGGAGGAUACGUGCGUGGCGGCAAGGCCAUUGGUGCGGCCCACCACUCGGCACCGAGUUCACCCGUGACCAGCAAGCGGCUCGAUGGGAUCGCCUCCGUUACGGGUAGCAGCGUCAGCAGCAGCGCAUCUGGCGCCAGAGAGUCGCGCGAGUUCCAGCGACGCGGCCCCAUCCCGCUGGCCAUGUCUAGCUCGAGCAGCCACAUUCAGCCGAACGGUCAUGCGUACGGCUCGGCUGCUGGUGCUCAUUACGGUCAUCACCUCUCUGCGUCUCCUGCUGUUAGCUCGGCGAGCUCGCUCUGCUCAUCUUCGGAGAUGAACCUGUCGCAGGAGCUGCAGAACCAUCCGCUCUUCAAGACGCCAGCCGUGGACCGCAGUCUUAAGCCGAACGCAGAGCACAGGCGAGGAGGAGCACCGCCAGCCCGCCCACCGCCGCCGCAGUCCACGCCCGCCUCCUACUACAACCACCCGUAUGCGGCCCAUCCGCACGUUGAGGCGAAGCCGCCGCGGCACACCUCCACGCCCACCAGACCGCGCCAGGCCCUGCCCACCGCCGAUACCAACAGCUUUGACAGUCCGCCGGACGUGCAAUCGCCACCGAUUCCGCCAAGAAGGCAGGGCAGCUCCAAUGCCCUGGUGGCGGCCACCGCCGCAGCCGUUCGAGCUGAGAUCAGCAAGCUGGAGCGCAACUGCUGGCGGGACGAGCCCACCGGAAACGAUUCAGUACGCAACUCGAACGCAUCCUCGUCGUCGGCCACCUCAUCAUGCUCCUCGGCCGCCUCCUUUGUGACGGCGGCAUCGACGUUUUCGCACCUAAAUGUCUCCGAUCCGCCUGUUCCUACGCCAAGGGCCAAGAGAGAGCAGCACCAGCCGCUGGAGGACAGCAUGAACGAUCUGAUAUCGCUGGACGAUAGCAACAACACCAGCUUCGACCUGGAGGACUUCGAUCCGCUGAAUCAGAACGCUCGUCCGCUGCCGCCGCUGAGCAAGGCGUUCGGCAAGAAGUCGAGCACACUGCCCGCUGGCGUGAACAGCAGUGUGGUGGCCAGCAGCGUCAGCAAUCCUCUGUACCCGUACUUCGCGCCUAAACACAUGGCCACAGUUGCAGCGGUGACGGGGAGAACACCUCCAAUGCAUCCUCCUCUACCGAAUCAGCGCAGCACUAUUGCCGCCAAGCCGGACGACGAUUUCGAGCUGCUCCGCAAGUAUGGAUUGGAUCAGUUUACGUUGAACGCCAACGCGACGGACAACGCACCGCAGCUCACCACCGGAAAGGGCAUGAACAACUGGACAACGUUCGAUUAGAGGGUCUGUACUGGACACAAAACGCUUCAAAUAUGAUACCAAAAUAAGUGUGAUUGAUACAUUGUGUUGUAAAUAGCUAGGAGACAUAGGCAGAAUCUAGGAGAGGAAACCGAUGACAGUAAAGUAACCCCUAAAUACCCAAUAUUGUAUGUUUACCGUAGUCAGCAAGUUAUGUUCAGUGGGCCAUUCAGCAAAUGGAUCAAACUAAAACGCCCGUUUGUGUAAAUAACUGUUAGAUGGCAAGUUUUGGACAUUUGUAUGAAUCGGAACUCUCGCUAACUACAUUCACAUACAUUUGUACACUGGACUUCCAAAUCAAAAGACACCAGAAUCUAGAAUAGCAUGAAUUUAAGCCAAUUAGCCUAACAAAUUAUCAAUAAAACGCAAAUAAACUCGA